AUGAUACCUUCAACAGAAAAAUCUGAACAAGCUUGUGAUAUCUGCAGAAUAAAAAAAUUGAAAUGUUCAAGAGAGAAACCAAAAUGUGCUAAGUGCAUGAAAAAUGGUUGGGAAUGUUGUUAUUCACCAAAGGCAAAAAGAUCCCCAUUAACGAGAGCACAUCUAACAAGAGUGGAGGAUAAAUUAUCGAAAUUGGAGAAUUUGUUCAAUGCGUUAUUCAUAGGUAAAGAAUCAACUCCUACCAAUACGCGAAGCAUGAAUGGUUACAAUGUAGAUGAUAUUGAUGAUACAGAACAUACUGAUAGUUCCGAAAUUUUGAAUUCCAUAUUGAAGCUCGAAACGCCUGCUGAAAUGAGAGAUGCUAUUAUAGCAAUAUCUUCCAAAAUGGAGAGAAGGAAUACCAUCGAUUCUUUGACAAAUGCGGCUAACGGUACCACGACGGUACCGAUUUCGAGGCAUUUGCAAACAACAAAUGGGACUAGGCCGAAUACUCUAAUAAACUCGUCGAACCAUAUAUCAAAUUCUAAAACAAUUAUAUUAGAACCAAUUCCUCUAAAUGCUAUGCCCAAGGAUGGUCUAUAUGGAUUCGAUUGGUCAGAGCCUACUGAUAAUAAUCCAACAAAUCGCACCAAUGAUAUUAAUAAUAUCUCAAAUUUAACGACGAGACAAAAGAAAAAUAUAGAUGGGAUGCCUUUCCUAAAUACCAAUCCAAACAAUAUAGGGUUUUACGGCAACGGUUCGGCAAUUUCUGUCCUAAGAUCAGUCGGAUUUAAUGGUGACCAUUUCUUAUCAUUAUCGUCUGAUUUCUCACCAGCGCUGGUUGUUGCAGAUCCUUAUUCAUUGAGUUCCAGGAAUACGACUUCUAGAUUUGUAGAUAGCUAUUUCACAAAUUUCCAUCCAUAUUGCCCAAUUAUUUACUCCGAUACUUUCCUUAUGAUAUACAAUAAUCAAAUUGCAUCCGACUCAAAAGAACAGUGGCAACUUUUAUUUAAUACAGUAUUGGCCAUUGGUGCAUGGUGUUUGGAAGGUGAUUCUACCGAUAUUGAUCAGUUUUAUUAUAAUAAUGCUAAAUCUCAUUUGACUUCUCAAGUUUUUGAAAGUGGAUCCAUUAGUAACGUAAUAGCAUUUCACUUACUAUCUAAAUAUAUUCAAUGGAGAGAGAAACCAAAUACUGCUUUCAACUAUCAUGGUCAUUCGAUAAGAUUGGCUUUGUCAUUAGGUCUACAUAAGGAUUUACCAACAGCUCCUGGUAACGAACUAAUAAAAGAACAAAGAAGAAGGAUAUGGUGGGUUAUAUAUACUCAUGAAUUCCAUCUAAGUCUAUCAUACGGAAGGCCAUUCCAUAUCUUAUUGGAUUGGCAUGAAAUUGGUAUUGAACUACCACAGAAUUUUCAAGAUAAUAAUAUGAAUUAUAAUUCAACUACCUCACUCGGAGGACUUCAAGAUAUGACUAUUUAUAGCGGGCUUAUAGAAACUUCUAAACUGUAUCAAUUUUUUGCAAGAAGAUGGCUUCAUUGUAUUGGUACUGAUGAUAAUGAUGCAACUAUGGCUAGAAGAUAUUUACAAUUAUGUCAAGAUAUUGAAAAGUAUUCGGAUUCAAACAUCACCACAUUCCUAAAGACAACUGUUAAACAUGAAUCUCCUGCAUUGACUUCACAAAUAUCAAACAAUAUAACGUGGUUACCUUUCACUAAGUACCUGUUCAAUUGGGAACAGUUAGCAUUAAUAAUUUAUAUUUUGAGGAACCUUUUCCUUAAAGUAAGUCAUAACGGAACUAUACCAAUCGAUGGUGCACCUGAUGAACAUAUUGAACAGUGUUCUGUCUUACUAGAUGAGACUGCGCAAAGGGCAAUAAUGUCAGUGACAAAUUUUAUCAAUAAUUAUACUUUAACUCCAUUAUCUUCAUGGUAUAGUUUAUUUUUCAUUUUCAAUGCUGCUUUAGUGCCCAUAACGAAUCUCAUCACGAAUUCUUCCCCUUCAAUAAAGGAAAAAAAAUUACAAAAAUGUUUGGACCAAUUAAAAGAUGUUUUGAAUGUUUUAAAUAUAUUGAAAACCUGUAAAAUCCCAAAUUGCAAUAAAUAUAUUCAAGUUGUUGAGCAAAUUUGUAAUUCAUAUACGCCCAUUAUAUCUUCACGAAGUCAAGUCUUAUCCAAUGAGACAAGAGAAGGAUCUCCACGGAAUACAUUUGCUGAUACAUUGGUUGCUGUAAAUGACAAAGGCACAGCAAAUCAUAUCAGUAAUAAAACCGAUACUCCUGCCACAAUGGCAUCGAACGGGCCUUCUCCAAGACCCUUGAAAUCGUCGACAAGUUUAACAGAUCUAAUGAAUAUAUUAUCAUCAAGAGGUCCACCAAUCCCUGUUGCUCCGCCAAAUUUAACAACAAAUAUAACCAAUGUAACAAUACCCUCAAAUAUUGUAGGUCGUCCGAUGCAGAGUAAUUUAAUGACGACUGCUAAUAUACCUAAUUUCAUCAGUAGAUCACCAUCACCAGGCCCACCACAAUUCAAUAUACCUUAUCAAUCACCGCCAAAUUCGAUUCAUAUUAGUAAUCAACCGAAUUCAAUCCCUUUAACUCCAUCUGUGGUAUAUAAUGCCCCUAUUACACAGUUACAAACAAAUCUACCUUUCCCGACUACAGUUACAAGCAAUAACAGUAAUAUGAAUCAAGAUCUUACGAAAGUACCAUUCCAUGGUUGGAAUGAUCAAACUGCAUAUAACGCCUUCGGUAUGACAUCUGGUAUGUUUAAUACCACAACGAUGGAUGAUGUUUAUAAUUAUUUGUUCGAUAAUGAUGAUAUAUCGCAGGAUGUUACUGCGAGUACAAACGUUAGUAAGAGUAAUAAUAAUACACCUAAUAGUAAUAAUGGAUCGGAUCGAUUAUAA